AUGCCGAGAAUCAAUACCAUCGAGAUCGACGGAGCAGGAGACAUGUAUAUUCAGACCUUUGAGUACGCCAAUCAACGUAUUCAUAGACAAACUCUCCUCCGAGUUUCCUGCAAGGUUCUCCGGGAGAACUCUGAUCUCUUCAAAGCUCACCUGGAGCAAUUCGGCCAGGACGAACCCCUCGAACUCCACCACAUCUCUCUUCCAGCCCUCGAAUUCUGGCUUCAAAUAUUCCACCGUUGCGUAGAUGAAGCAAGACUCCCCGACAUUCCAAUGUCUGACUUUGAGCGUGCAAUCAUCCUAGGCCAGGAAUACGAGUUCAAAUUCUCAAAGCUGAGCGUCUGGUUCGCCGUCUGGCUUGGCUCUCAAAACCUCCGAUCCUUCAAAGCAAACGAUCUCCGCCGUCUGCUCUCUAUCUCGAGCGAGCUCAAUCACGAAAAGGGCUCCCAAAUCCUCAAUAUACACCUCACGGAAAUCGAGUCCGGUCACGAAGAUCACACCAUCGCCACAGCUUUAAAACUCUUCCCACCCGUACCAGUCAUGUCGACACGGCAGAGCAGCAUAAUCAUCUUCUUGCUCGAAGACGUUUACGUCGGUGAUUAUGAGCGCUGGGGUUUCUCGCCUUCUUUCCAAGCCAAAUACGGCGAACCCAUGGAAUAUUACUCUGACUUCCACCGGUUGAUGACUACGUCGUUCGAUUAUAAGGUCUCACCUAGGAUCAAGAGACUAGCUAGUUUAGCCGAUCAGGAUACUAAGCCGAGGUUCUUGUGGUUCUGUCAAAUGGCGGAUGAUAUUGCCAGGAAGGAGGAGCUGCCGAUGCUGAAGAGGAGAGAGAUGGAGGCUGCUUGGGUAUGGGCUGCUUUUGAGCUCUACGAGAAAGAUGAGACCGCGGAUCCAACGAUGUUAAAGAAGAUCAUUGCUAGGCGAAUUCAUCCACGGCUUAAGGUCGAGCAGUAUUGGCAGGAUAAAUGUGCCAAGCUAUGCUGGUCAAGUCACGAGAUUGCGUUUCUGGAAGACGGAUGCGAGGAGGAUCCUGAGAGUGAGAGAAUAGUGGAUGGCGAUGAUUACGUGGACUUGGAUAUGGGUCCUGCGGAUAAGACUGUGACUGGAAAGCAGAUUUUGACACAAUUGGAGGGGAAAAUGGAUGAUCUCGAAAUUGCAGAAAAUUCAUGA